AUGUCUCCAAACAAAAAAGAGUACCAUCUACUCCAACGCAACUCAACCGAUGACGAUGACGCUGAGAAUGAGAACGAGACUAAGCCAGACCACCUGGAACCCCCAGCAUCCAGAAUCAGCCAUGCACCAAACCCAAGAACCAUCCUCCUAACCACCCUCUCGAUAGCAGUCAUCCUCCUCUCCUGCUCAAACCUCUUUUUCCUCAUCCACUGGCUCAGAAGCACAAAGACGCCACCAACAAGAAGCGAAGGAGGUUCCUACUACGCCAACCUCCACCGCACCCUCCCCCUCCCCAUCGAGGAAACCAGCGCAUACAUAAGCGACAACGUAAGCGCAGUCGCGCACCUUUGGGAAGAACUCAGCGGCGACCCGGGCGUGGUAGCGCUAGACAGCAACUUCAUAGCGGAGAAGAAUCUCCCGGAGGCGAUUUCGUUUCCGUGGGACAAGUCUAAGGGAGUUUAUCUGCUGCAGGGAUAUCAUAAUCUGCAUUGUUUGAGAACCCUCUUCCGCUACGCCUGGACCGCCGAUCAGGGCCUCCCGCAACGCAUCGCCUUCAGCCAUGUCCUGCACUGCCUUGACCAGCUGCGGCAGGACGUGAUCUGUAACGCGGACGAUACUCCCCGGUACGCAGGGCCUCAGAAACCAGGUCACCCGCCUGGGACGGGUGCGGGCCAGGUCCGUAUGUGUAGGGAUUGGGCGCUGAUGGAGCGUUGGGCGCGCGAGCGGACUGCUUGCUUUAAACAUCAUGAUGAGGUUCCUGGGCGGAUGAUAGAUCGGUUUAAGUUUUGUCCUGAUGGGAGGGUUUUGUGGGCUGUUGAUUGA